AUGUCGAGCCGGACGCGCCCGCCUUGGUUGAAGAAGCUGAAGCGGAUCGUUGGACGGCGCCUCCGCUCGGGAAGUCUCAGCGCUGAGACCGCGCGCCAACUCUGCGACGAGGUGCUCCCAUCGAUCCAAAGGCGUUCCCCACCGCCGGCCGUUUCGGGAGCGGCGGACGUGUGGAGGGCCGACCGCCGCCCUUCCUGGGAGCUGGAGCGCUUUAUCGGAGAGUGUUUCCGCUCGGGGGACCUCGGCCCCGAGGACGCACUCGAUCUGUUCGACGAAUUGCUUCACCGAGCGAGGCCCGGCUCCAUUUACGCCCUCAACCAGCUGCUCACCACCGUCGCUCGCGCCCCGGUCUCCUCCACAGUGCGCGACGGCCCUGCGCUCGCCAUGUCCAUGUUCAACCGUAUGGCCCGAGCGGGCGCCAAGAAGGUGGCUCCAGACAUAGCUACCUACACCAUCGUCAUCAGCUGCUGCUGCGAUGCAGGCUGCUUGAGCCUCGGCUUCGCUGCAUUCGGCCAAAUCAUCAAGACGGGAUUGAGGCCGAAUGCCAUCACCUUCACGCCCCUGCUCAGGACCCUCUGUGCUGAGAAGAGGACGAGUGACACAGUGAAUAUUGUGGUCAGACGGAUGCCUGAGCUCGGCUGCACCCCCGAUGUCUUCUCCUACACCACACUUCUCAAAGGGCUAUGCGCUGAGAAGAAAUGUGAAGAGGCUGUCGAGGUGAUCCACAUGAUGGCUGAAGAUGGAGACAACUGCCCACCUGAUGCGGUGUCUUAUACCACCGUAAUCCAUGGCUUCUGUAAAGAGGGUGGGGAUGUUGUGACCUACAGCUCAAUUAUUGAUGGCCUAUGCAAGGUUCAAGCAAUGGACAAGGCCGAGGAGGUCCUUCGGCAGAUGUUUGACAAACAUAUUAUGCCUAAUUGCGCUACAUAUAACAGUCUGAUCCACGGAUACCUCUCUUUGGGACAGUGGAAAGAGGCAGUCAGGAUUCUCAAAGAAAUGUCCAGAGAUGGGCAACAACCAAAUGUUGUUACUUACAAUAUGCUGAUAGACUGUCUUUGCAAAUCUGGAUUGUGCGCAGAAGCUAGAGAGAUUUUUAAUUCCAUGAUUCAGAGCGGUGAAAAACCCAAUGCCACCACUUAUGGAAGUCUGCUUCAUGGGUAUGCUACCGAAGGAAAUCUUGUUGAAAUGAAUAAUCUCAUAGAUUUGAUGGUACAAAACGGAAUGCGGCCUGAUCAUCGUAUCUUCAACAUACAGAUCUAUGCAUACAUUAAAUGUGGAAGGUUAGAUGAGGCAAUCCUUAAUUUUAACAAAAUGCAGCAGCAAGGAUUGGUGCCAGACAUAGUCAGCUAUGGGACGAUAAUAGAUGGGCUUUGCAAGAUAGGCCGGCUAGAUGAUGCAAUGUCCCGAUUCUCUCAGAUGAUUGAUGAUGGAUUGUCUCCCAAUAUCAUAACAUUCACUACUCUAAUUCAUGGUUUUGCUAGGUACGACAAAUGGGAGAAGGCUGAGGAACUAUUUUAUGAGAUGAUGGAUAGAGGCAUUCCUCCUAAUGUCAUUCUCUUCAAUUCAAUGAUAGACAAGCUAUUCAAAGAAGGAAAGGUUACGGAGGCCCGAAAACUCUUUGAUUUGAUGCCCCGUGCAGAUGUAAAACCUAAUGUUGUUACCUAUAAUACAAUGAUUCAUGGGUAUCUCUUAGCUGGUGAAGUGGACGAAGUGAUGAAGCUCCUUGAUGAUAUGCACUUGUGUUACGAAUUGUGCAAGUUUGAUCUUUUCUGA